AUGAAAGUCAUAAGCUUGCGGCUGCUCCCUUUGGGACUAGCGCCAUCUCUGUGGUUGGCUCGCUUCUUGCUCAGUAAACAACUUCUCUUGCAACCUUUGACAGCAAAGUCUUCGCAGGCCUCGAGACGGCAAGAUGGCGACUCCAAGUACGGCCAAGAAGCCGAAGAAGAUGAAUGGCCACAUCUCGUCAACUCGUGCUUCAUGUGUCCGUCGUUUCACCAGCUGGAGGACAGCAAGCUUAUGCGACUACCUCGAAUGACCCGCGACCAAAUCUGUAUGGAAGCAUUCCGGUCUACUCGCUCCACCGCUCAAGACCUCGAGGUAUGA